AAGCAUUUGGAAUACCCGAGGCGCUUUGGAUACGAACCGCCAGAAAAGUACUUCCGGUGCCUGUUGCCAAGGCGCCGGCCCCUUGGGCCUAAAGGAGCGACAUUAUUGGUGUUGUCCUCUCCCCGCUACCUGGGGGUCGAGAUGUCGGGGCUCAGCGAUCCAGAGAGAGAGGGCUGUCGUACCUUGCUUGGCCUGCUGGAUAACAAUGAAAUCAUGGCCCUAUGCGACACCAUUACAAACCGCCUGGUGCAGCCUGAGGACCGCCAGGAUGCCAUUCAUGCAAUAUUAGCUUACAGUCAAAAUGUAGAAGAACUUCUGAAACGUAAAAAAGUCCACCGAGAUGUCAUAUUUAAGUACUUGGCAUCACAGGGGGUUAUUAUACCUCCAGCUACUGAAAAACACAGUCUUAUCCAGCAUGCAAAGGAUUACUGGAAAAAGCAAUUACAUCUGAAAUUGAAGGAAACACCAGAGCCAGUUAAGACCUCUGUGGAUAUUAGAGCCUUUCAACAGCAGGAGAAAGAAGAUAAAACUGAAAAAGUUGAUUUUCGUCAGUUAGGAAAAGAAUUCUGUCACUGGUUCUUUGAACUUCUUAAUUCUCAGAAUCCUUUUCUUGGACCACCUCAAGAUGAAUGGGGGCCACAGCACUUCUGGCAUGAUGUCAAGCUUAGGUUUUAUUAUAACACAUCUGAACAAAACGUGAUAGACUACCAAGGAGCAGAAAUCGUGAGCCUUCGUCUGCUGUCACUAGUAAAAGAAGAAUAUCUUUUUCUUAGUCCCAACCUUGAUUCCCGCGGAUUAAAAUGUGCUUCUUCUCCCCAUGGUCUGGUUAUGGUUGGAGUUGCUGGGACUGUUCACCGAGGGAACACUUGCUUGGGCAUUUUUGAACAAAUUUUUGGACUCAUCCGCUGCCCUUUUGUGGAGAAUACUUGGAAAAUCAAAUUUAUCAACCUGAGAAUUAUUGGAGAGGCUUCCCUUGCUCCUGGAGCAUUAAUGAAACCAGCUAUUAAAUUUGAACCAAGUGAUCUAGAGACCUUUUAUAAUGUAAUCACUUUAUGUGGUACCAGUGAAGUACAAUAUACUGUAAGGUAGACAUUGGGUCAUGGAACUGGAGACCAAGUUUUAUGCAGUGGAAACGAGACAUUGUUGAAUAAAAGAGAACUGAAUUUGGAUACCCCUCUAAAGCGUUGAGCACUGUAUGUCAGUCUGUAAAGAAACUCUUCCAGCUACUACAUUGACAUCUUUUAGUUGAAAUAUCUUUUUUGAUUAUAGAUUAAUACAUUAUGUGAAUACUUGCUUCUUUUUACCCAAGUUGCAGCAAAUGUUCUGAGGGCUUACUACAGUUCAUUAAAUAAAUCCCACUUUAGAUGUUACAAAUAUUGUGCCUUAGAAGCCAGGUAACAUUUUCAUUUUACUGAGUGAAUAUUUUGCUGUUGGGUGUACUUUUCAUGUGGGAGACGAGUAGUGGUGUUCAGACCUUCUCUUUUUCAAAUUUAACAAUCUGGAUAAUUUUACAAACACAUCUUAAGGGCACAUUUUUUAAAAAGUGCAUAUAUUAGAGGUGUUUAAUGUAAAAUCAAAGUUAUUUUAGAAAACUUGAAUGGCAUUCUUAUGCAAAAAGUCCAGUAACUUAGCAGGUGUAAAAAAAUUACUUGGCCUUUUUAAAAUUUGAGGACCACACUUCAAAGUUAUCUACUAUAGCCCAAGCUAAAUAUCUUAAAACCUGCAAAAUUUUCUGAACUAUUUUAGACAGUGAUAAGUGCUGGUCUCAAAACAGACCUUAUCAUGUAAGGCUUUAACAGUUUUAUGGAACAUUUAUUUUGACACCAUAUAAAGGAGACAUACUGUUGAAAUUUUUGAAACGAUGUGCCCAAUUACUAACUUUUAAUUGAAUUACUGUUUCCUCUUGCUUGAUGGUAACAACAACAACAACAAAAGAGAACAAACAAAAAAACCACCUCAAAUGUGAGCGCAUAACUCUCUCAUCAUAAAUUAAAGUUACUAGGAUUUUUUUGACCUAUGAUUUGUUUUACUAGGUUUGAGUUAUGAUGUAAGUUGCCAAAUUAAUUACAUAGUUGAUUUAAAAUUUAAAUUCCUCAUCACCCAGGAGCUACUUGCUGAUCCUGGAUUUAGUUUGUAAUUUUAAUUUCCAAAAUGCCCAUUUGGAAAAAAUUUCAACCAGGCAAUGUCAUGAUGAUGUAUUGUACAUGUUAACUUUUUACCUUCAACUUUGCUCAUGAUCAUCUGGAGUGACUAAAAAGGAUUGUGGAACCUGGAGGAAAAUACUCUUUUUUGUUUUUUUAAUGCCGUGCUGCGAAUGAGUACAAAUUGAUAUUUCCUAAAAUAAAAACUUAAUAAAAGAGGGAAAUCUUUUUUUUUUGUCAGCUUUUAGAAUAGUGUAUUGUUUAUAUUUAAAGCCAAAUUUUCUUAAAGUUGAGAAUGUCGUAACAUGUAAUCGAUAAAUAUCCUAAGUAAAGGAUAAAUUAAAAGUCACUUCCAUCCAUUCUCUCUGUGCUGUUGAUGUCAAGUACUGCAGAAAUGUAACUACAGAUGCUCAGGAUGGGCAGAAAUUACCUCUAGCUCUCUGUAAUAUUGAAUAUUUGAGUAUUUGUAAUGCCCAGGUAAAGCUGCAAUCUGUGCUUGUUUGCUUUAAUCACCCUUAAACAUUUGAAAUUUUCCUCCUACACUAACUCUCUUGAGGAUUGGAGCUAUGUUUUCUAUCCUGUGAAUCCCCACAGCUGGGCACACACAUAUGAUCUAAUGUUUAACUGAAUGGGUGAAAGAGUGAGCAAAAUAAGCUCACAUUCUGUAUAAAAGACUUUUCUGCGUCUAGAUUUUUAUCUUUGGUGAUUCUUAUCAGUGGUGGUGUUUUUGAUCAGAUUGUCUGAGUUUUAUAUGGAGAUACACGAAAACUGUAGGCCCCAGACUAAGCCAGAUUUGGGACAUACAUGAACUUUCAGUUAAAAUUUCCUGAAUUUCAGAAAUCCAAGAUCAGAGUGGGAUAUAUUAGGAGGGCACUAUGACUACUUAGUAACUGCUAAAGGAGAAGUGGAUACUUUGCAGUUUGGAAAACGAAGGCCUGGAGGAAUUGAAAUUUGUUCAUGAAGCUUAAAACUUGAGCAGACCUCUGAGAAGGUCGAGAAACACAGUGCAGAUUGAACUUAUCUUUUACUACCACCCUUGCUCUGUUUAUUUUAGUGUAUAGCAGAGACUCCCACCCCAGCCUUAUAGCUCUUGCUUUAUCACAUUCAACUGGUAUUUGGGAAGUCUGUGGAGGCAAGUGGUAAGGAAUAAAACUGUCUACACGUAAUUCAUAGUAGUAGGGUGGUCAAAUCACAGGACCAUCUGGGCUUGCUUUACUGUAGGAUCAUUUGCCAUAGCCUAAUAACAGGGCAUUAUACAUCAAGUAUCCUUU